CAGUCAUGUGGCUCGUUUGUAAGGAGCAAUGGCGACGGCUGAGACGAAAAUGUAGCCCGUUGUUUCAUGCUAGUCUCGACCAUACAGCGUCACGGCAGUAGGUUUUGAAAAGGGGGUACAGUGGCUGCACAAUAGACUAAUGGAGGGUCAUCCAAUAGAGGCAGCGUUGCCACUGGCGCAGGCCGUGGUUUCUCCUGUGCUGCAGAGCUCCUCCUCGGGCGGUCUGUGUGCCAAACCCAGGGACCGGAUGAAGACUCCAGCAUUCCUGUCCAACCUGGGGAAGCCCACCCUGCGUGGCAUCCGCAAGUGCCCUCAGUGUGGUAUCUACAAUGGCACCAGGGGCCUGAGUUGCAAGAACAAGGCCUGUGGCGCCGUCUUCCGGGACGGCACAGCGGCUGGAACUCAGCGGUCGGCAAAGAAGGGAGGUGGAGGAGGCUCGGAGGUAGUGAGGAUUGUGACAGAUGGAGGUGGAGGAGGAGAUGGUGCAUUUGUGGAUGGUGGAAGUGGAGGAUCGUCAUCGUCCUCUGCUCCGGGUCCCCCUCAGGUGUUCUCGCUGCGACAGCGUGGCCGGGGCCCUGAGCAGCGAGGCUUCGUGGAGCUGACCCUCACGGACACGGCCAUUGCCACCACCGACGGCACAUUGCUCACCCGCCUCAGCCUUGGACGCUGCUUCCUGCCCGCCUGCCGACGCCAACAACAGCAGCAACAACAACAACAACAACAGCAGGGCCAACGAGGCGUGGCCUCCUCUUGCUCUCCUCCUCCCUCCUCCUCCUCUUCCUCUCCGCCCCAGGCAUCUGAUAGCCCCUGUGGCCACGUUCGGCAGGCCAUGGAGUGUCCCACGGGCCAGGUGGCCACACCGCUCCCGCUCAAGAGCUCCGUGUUGGAAGAACUGCCCGUCCCGGCCCAGACCCGGCAGGAGUUGUGGCGUCUGGCCACAGACACCCCAGGGCCCCUGGUGCAGCGCGUCUCGCGGAGCUCGCUGGUGGUCAAGUGUCACGCGACUGAGACCCAGGCGCUGGGGCUGCUGCACUGCACUGUGGGAGGUGCUGGGAUGAAGGGCGAGAGCAGCGGGCUGGUGUUUCGGUGUGCGUGUCAGCACGGUGGUGGUGGUGGUGGUGUGGGGGGCAAAGGAGCCCCAGGGGUGAAGGUCAACAGCCUGGGCAGUUUGGGUUCCUCUGAUGAUAAAGAGACAGCGUUGGCGGACAUUUCACCUCUCUCGGCCGAAGGAACCCCACAAUGCUUGCACUUCUACGCCUGUGUCUGUGCCUUUGCAAGUGAUGAUAAACUGGCUGUGGAAUUCGCCCAUUUCCUUAGCUACACUUCAAAUGGGCUGGAGGUGAGUGUUGGCUCCUCAGCGCUCUGUGCUUCUGAUACCCAGCCAGUUCCUGAGCCAAUCACGCCACACAGAACAAAGAGACUGAAAGCAGAGGAGCCAAUCACAGUGGCCGGUCCCGCUCUGGCUAUCAGGGAGGCCAGUGCUCCGGCCCUUGGCCCUCGCAAGCCCUGCAGCCGGAGACAGGCUCUCACCAUUGGGCACAAGACCCCAGCAGGGAAUAACCAGCCUGUGGACGAGGCCCAUGUCUCCCUACCAUUUCAACAGUGGCUAGCCAGUGUCAAUGAGAAGAUCCAGCAGUCCAUGCACUACCAGUUUGGUGGGAAGCCGGAGCCUCUGGUUUUCCACAUCCCGCAGAACUUCUUCAACGCCCUGCAGCAGCGUCUCUCCCUGGGGAGUAAAAAGAGGCGACUCCCCAACUCCACCACCGCAUUUGUCCGCCAGGAUGCCCUUCCUCUGGGCUCGUUCUCCAAGUACACGUGGCACAUCACCAACCUCAUGCAUGUCAAGCAGAUCUUUGAUACACCUGAGCUGCCCUUAAAGCUGACACAGAGUUUUGUGAGAAACAGCGAUGGCUCCUACUCGCCCUUCACCUGUCCUGAGGUGCCCGCCGAACCCCUGGCAGAGGCGUUCGGCCGGACAGAUCGGCCCCAGGCCAUCCGACCCCUCGAGCUGAACACCUUUCUCAAAGUGGGCAUCUGCUCUCCAGGGCAGAAGGAGCCAACGCCCUUCGUGAUCGAGUGGAUCCCUGAUAUUCUGCCCCGCUCAAGGGUGGGUGAACUGCGGCUUCGCUUCGAGUAUGGUCACCAGCCCACUAGCCCCACGGAGCACUGAGAGUGAAUUGCCACAUUACAGAACACUGGUCUAACACAUGCAAAAACUCAUAAACACACAUGUGGGCUCACACACAAGCUCGACCACUGCAUGCAGGAAUUUGUGGAGCUGCAGUGGCUAAGCAUAACCACACGGGGGUGUUGUUUCCCAGAACCUCUGCUGGUGUAGGUGGAGUGGAUGUAUUUUGCUCUAAAAUAUACUGGAAUCUACAUGGGCGGAGUUAAUGUAUGGUACCUUAUUUAAACUGUACACAUUAAUGCUGCCUUCGGCAUGUUUAAGCUCUCAGUCUUAAAUGACUCCAUGUACUUCUCUGUCUUGUAAUUGAAGGGUACGAAGAGUGUUUCUGCCAGAAUGUAAACAUGCAGGUUCAUGUAACACUUUUAUGGUUCCUUUUUCAGUUUUAUAUGUACCGUGCCUCAGCUAUGAAUUUGCUAAUAUGCAUUUCUGCCUUUUUGUGUCUAUGGACAUUUUCCUACCACACGCAACAUACAUUAUGCCAAGUCGAUUGUUAAGUGAAAGCCGAAUGUAGGUUGUUUUGUGAUCUCCUUAACUUUUACAAUACAAUAGCAAUAUUUCCAAUUAAAUUCUUCUGCUUUUACAGAAGACAUACUUUUCAGUCUGAGAAAUGCUUAACGUUAACAUUGACUGACACUGCAUUAGCUGUAGUUCCCUCUCUGCUCACUUGAGGGCAGCCUCAGUUAACAUUUUUAAUGUCUGAAGUCCAGCAGUGGGGUUUCUAGAAAUAAAAAAGGUUGGAGUGGUGAAGUUGGGGCAAAGACUCAGAGAAGGGUGACCCAUAAACAUGAAAAGAGCCUAAACAUGAAAAGACCUCAGUGAUGUGUAUUAUCUAUAAACUUGCACAGACAAAAAAACACUUAAAUUAAUCUGCCACUGAUGUACUUACAUCAGAAAUCUUGCAUGCACACAGCUGGUACAUGUAUGCAUGAACUUAAAUAUAGCAAUAAAAACUUGCCGCUAAAAGUAAAAUGUUUGUUUUGGCUAAGAAAACAAUUAUUCUUGUAGACGUUAAUGCGUACAAGCCCAACUUUCACUUGUCUGGUGGGGUGGCACUUGGAUUGGCUGAUUGGAUUCUCAUGUGAUCCACGGGGCUAAAAUUGUUCAGGCACAGUGCCUGAAUUCAGUAUAUACAGUAUAUAUGACGUCCUCAUAAAUGUCUGAUAACUUUUACAGGCACUUUUAUAGCUUGAAGCCUUGGAUCCAACUUAACUACUGAUAUGUGAAAAGUAGUGGCAAAUAUAAAUCUGAAAUAAAUUAUUGUACUUUUUGAAA